AUUUCCGUGUCGGGCAAGGAUUCUUCACCCCAUCCAUUUCUUGCCCCUUUCCCUUCUCACCAAGCAAUCAAUCACUCCCUCCCACUGCCCCGUCCCGCGCCUUUGCGUGCCGUGCACUUCACUUCACUUCACUCCUUCCCUCUUUUCCAUUCCUUUUUCGGAGUGGAGUCGGGUGUGCGUGCGGGAGAUGGAGCAGGAGGCGGGGAUGGCCAUGGGAGCCACGUCUCUGGCGCCGGGGUUCAGAUUCCAUCCCACCGACGAGGAGCUGGUUCGCUACUACUUGACGAGGAAGGCCUGUGGGAAGCCUUUCAGAUUCGAAGCGGUUACUGAAAUCGACGUCUACAAGUCGGAGCCAUGGGAGCUCGCAGAGUACUCGUCUCUUAAAAGUCGAGAUCUUGAAUGGUACUUCUUCAGCCCCGUGGAUCGUAAGUACGGAAACGGGUCCCGACUGAAUCGCGCCACCGGACAAGGGUAUUGGAAAGCGACCGGGAAGGACCGUACGGUGUACCACAAAAACCAAACUAUAGGGAUGAAGAAAACGCUCGUUUUCCACAGCGGACGAGCUCCCGAGGGCAAGCGAACGAAUUGGGUGAUGCACGAGUAUCGACUUUGUGAUUACGAGUUGCAAAUUUCCGGAGUUCCGCAGGAUUCGUUUGUGCUUUGUAGAAUCUUCCAGAAAAGUGGUUUGGGGCCGCCGAACGGCGAUCGGUAUGCACCGUUUGUCGAGGAGGAAUGGAAUGAAGAUGCACUCGUUGUCGUUCCUGGCGGAGAUGUCGAAGAUGAUUUCGCCAAUGUUGAUGAAGAACGAGUCGAUCUCGACCAGGACACACCGCCGCUAAGCAUGGCUCCCCCUGGUUCCGAAAAUGCCCCCGGCCCGUCGAUCCAUCCGUUUACAUGCAAACGCGAGAGGUCGGAGGACAACCCGGAUCCCUCCGCUGCAUCCAAAACGAAAAAGUCGAAGCCCGAGAAUCCCAACGUGAACGGAUCCGAGGAAUCGACGACAACGACGACGACGACAAAUUUUUCCCCGGCGCUACUAGAAUUUCCUUUGUCGGAGCCUCUCGACUCGAAAGAAACCCAACCGGCGACGAACACGGUCUCGUUCGACUCGUCCAAUUUGGAGAAAUCGGUGCCUCCCGGGUACCUAAAAUUCAUCGGAAAUCUCGAGAGCGAGAUCCUUAAUGUGUCGAUGGAACGGGAGACGUUGAAGAUCGAAGUGAUGCGCGCCCAAGCGAUGAUCAAUAUUCUUCAAUCCCGAAUCGACGAGCUAACGAAGGAGAGAGACGAGUUUCGAAAGCGCGACUGAGGAGGUGAGGAGGUACGUGUGAGUCGUCGUUUGAUAAAGCUUAUCGAUCGAUGUAUUUUUUUUUUUUUUCGGAACCGCAGAGUAAGGAAGGGUCUUUAGGACAAGUUAUGAGUUAUGUAAAUUUUGCGUAGGUUUAUUACUUUAGUUUUGAGAGUGAAUCCGUCGAUCUAACGUUGUGUUCUCCUGAAACGAAUCUAGUUUAAUAAAGUUGGUGUCUUUAGAUACAA